AUGAGAGCAACAAAAAUCUCUUCGAAAUCCCGUGUGGUUAAGAAGUCUCUCCCGAGUAAAAAUUUAACAAGUCGUAGGACUCUGAAAAGAAGUGAUAAGGUCAAAAAGUACUCUUUAAAAACUCUUAAUGAGUAUUUCGAGCAAAAGUUUAAAGUUUCAAUUGAUUCUGAGCAAAAGAUGACCUCCAAACAGAAGAGAUAUAGGAAUAAGUAUCUUUUCCCUGCUAUCAAAGAUAGUGCACAGAGCUACAACAACACAGAUAUCCUUUUUGAUGAAAAAGACGCAUUAAAUUACCUACAAACACUGUCUAGAACACUCGACAAAUCUGAUGAUUACUACAUGGAGGAAGUCCCAUUCAUCGAGGUCUCAAAGCAAUCAUUAUCCUCUGAGACAAAUAAAGAAGGGAAAGUGAUGAUCAAGAAAAUUUCAAAUUUGUCUACUAUCUCCGAGCCGAACUCUUCCAACGAAGAAUCAAAGGGUCAGGACUCUGAAAAUGAGGAUUAUGUCGACCCAUACGAACAAGAAUAUCUGAAUAGACUCAAGUCAGAAUCCAACUCUCCCUCCAAGAAGCAGCACAUGAAGUGGCUUGGGAAGGCUCUUGACUGAUUCAGGUCUGUAGAAAAUCAUAAGAAAAGCGGGAUGUUAUAUAAGCCCUACAUUCACUCGGAUAUUGAUUCUUUCGAUAGAAAUUUGAAAGUUGAUAUGAGCAUCGCCUAUCCUAUCACUCUGAAGACUGUAGGAGUGAAGCUAUCCUUGAACUUGUAUAACAAGUAUGAAGAAUUCAAACGAGACAUGAUGUGAGUUUUUAAGAACAGCAAUUUGACUUCUCUCAAGACCUUGCUUUAAAC